AUGCCACAACCCAUGAAUGCCAACAACGUAGAGGCACCCCUGAUCCAGAUUUUAACAGAGGAAAGGGUACAGGUCCAUUUGCCACCAAACCAUGAGAACCAAGCUCCAGCACCAAUUGAGCCACAACCAGCUCCACAGCAGGUUCAACAAAUAACAGAGCAACAACAAGCUCCAGCUCAGCACAUUCAGGCACUGCAACCAACUGGUACCAUCUCACCACAAAUUCAUGCUGCAGCACCAACUCAACCAUUUAGACCGUUAGAAGAAGACGAUGUAGGCUUAACAAAUCUUCGGCAAUUAGAACAUGAAUCGGUCACUGAAUACAUACAUAGGGCAUUAAGUUACAACAAAGAUAGAAGUGUUGUAGACAAAUAUCUGAUUAAAUUAACGUAUAGGGGUAUGAAAGAACAAAGUCAGCAAAUAGUUGUUCCUCAAAAUCCAGUUUCUAUGACUGAUUUACUUAAAAAAGCUGUCAACGCUGAAAUGACAGUCAAUAUGAGAAAAACAAACAACACUUCAGUUGAAGAUACAAUCCAUAAAGCAAUAUCAUCACUGAAGAACACUAUGACAGAAAGAUUGGCAAAUCACUUUCAAUCUGUUGCAGCUAUUUCUACACCACCACAAAAUAAGCAAGAAAUAACUAAUUCAAGUGCUUAUCAACAAAUGUGUUUUAAUCCAUAUCAACAGCCAUUUCAGAUGCCACCGCCUUAUAUAUAUCAACCAGUACAACAGCAAGCAGUGCAGUAUCCACAAGCAGUUCAAUACCCUCAGCAAAACAUGCAACCACAGAACAGUUAUCAGAACAGCAGACCAAAUUAUGCCAAUAAACAGAAUGAACCCUGUAAAGGCUGUGCCAGUAUGCUGAGAGGAAAAGGGAAGAGGGUGCUGCCAAACCGUGCUGCACGCAGGCAGGAAAAUAUUGUACAGCUUCCGGUAAACAGAAGGCGUCGCACAAGGAGAGCUGAAAUAAUUGGACAAAAUGAAGCCAAUCCACAACAGCCGUUAAUGCCACCACAACAGCCGUUAAUGCCUCCACAACAGCCAUUAAUGCCACCACAACAACCAUUGCCACCACAACAGCCAUUAAUGCCACCACAACAGCCAUUAAUGCAACCAUAA